AUGGAAGACACUAUCGCGUUCACCAAGACGAAGAGGGACGGGACGGUAGUGAAGAAGAAGAUGCCGGUGUUCCGUCACGGAGACUGGAAGGACUGGCUGAACUGGUUGCUCCACGUGCAGGAGCACUCGACGUUCAUGCGGUACACUCUAUCGCAAGAAGACCAGUUUGCACUGGCCGACGACAUGCAGUUGCUGCUGUUUGAAGAGGACCUUCGACAGUUCAACGACGUCGUUCGUGAAGAAGCCCAGAAUCGCCCCGAUGUGGCAGUUGCUGGCAUUCGCCAGCUCACAAUGCGCCACUGCCCGCCGGAAACACGCGGAGCGCCGAUGGACGAGCUGGCACAGCUUCGUAAGAAGAAAGGAGUGACGCCUGUCGACUGCCAGGUCGAAGUGAACCGCAUUUCUCGCCGAUGGGAAUUAUCGGCGAUGGAGGCUCAAUUUGAGCUCAUCGAGAGGAAUGAGCGGGACGAGGCGCUGCUGCGGAACAGCCGAGCCAAGUAA